CCUGAAGCCCCGCCUCGCCGCUCCCGCCUCAGGCGCCCGCCGCGGACAACCCCGCCGUCCGCCCGGGCCCUGUCGGCGCGCGGCGGCGGGGCGGGGCCUGGCUUAAAGGCGCCGCGCGUCGGAAAUGGCGGCGCGGUGGCUGUGGCUGCUGGCGCUCUGCACCGGGCCCGCCGCCGCCCCGCCGCCCCCGGACGCCGAGGUGACGUUCGUCCUGCCCGCCGGCCGCCGGGAAUGCUUCUACCAGGGCGCGCCCGGGAACGCCUCCCUGGAGGCCGAGUACCAGGUGAUCGGUGGGGCCGGGCUGGACGUCGACUUCUCCCUGGAGAGUCCCUCGGGGCUGCUGCUGGUCAGCGAGUCCCGCCGCUCCGACGGGGCGCACACCGUGGAGCCCACCGAGGCCGGCGACUACAAGCUCUGCUUCGACAACUCCUUCAGCACCAUCUCGGAGAAGCUGGUGUUCUUCGAGCUCAUCUUCGACAGCGCCCAGGAGGAGGAGGAGGAAGAGGAGGAGGAGGAAGGCGACGGCUGGGUGGAGGCGGCGGAGCCCGAGGACACGCUGGACGUCAAAAUCGAGGACAUCAAGGAAUCCAUCGAGACCAUGAAGAGCCGCCUGGAACGGAGCAUCCAGAUGCAGACGCUGCUUCGAGCCUUCGAGGCCCGAGACCGUAACCUGCAGGAGAGCAACCUGGGCCGGGUGAACUUCUGGUCGGCCGUCAACCUGGGCGUGCUGGUGGUGGUGGCUUUCCUCCAGGUCUACAUGCUGAAGAGCCUCUUCGAGGACAAGAGGACGGUGCGGACGUAGAUGGGGGUGAGGGUGGGGGACACACACACACACACGGGACUCGGCUCCCUGCCGGGAUGGCGUCGGAGGAGGGACGUGCUCCCCUCCGGCUGCUGCUGCUCCCUCCCGGCGGGAUUAAACCUGCCCAGCUUUGUA